AUGGACGACGACAUCGAGGCGCUUAUGCCCCGCACCAAAGCGGCCAACGACCGCGCUCCAGUCGACAAGGCCAAGCUGAAGCGGUUUAUGGCUACACAGAAGACGCGGCCCAAAAGUAUUGAAACCCAAUCGGAUGUCGUCGUGGUGCGUGGAGAUGUGCGCAAAGACGCCGAAGGAUUUGAGGAUAUUGACGACUUUUGGGUCGAUGAAGAGUCAGCGCAGGACGACUCAGUGGACGACGACGAUGACGAUUCACUCACUGUGUCAGACAAAGAGUCGGCAGAUACGUCUGGAGACGUGUCGGAGCCGAGCGAGCAUGAGGUGGAGCUUCCGGAAAUCGACACUCCUCCGUCCAGUGAUCGAGAAAGUAUGGAUGUCGAGACUGGGCCGAUUCUGUCACGGACGCAGAGAAUUGGCAGCAACAGCAGGGUUGAGAGAGAGAAGAGCAAAGAGGACGCGGUCGUUCCAUCUCCGACGCGUAGUGAUGUCUCGUUUGAUUUUGGCGGCUCGCCGCAUGGCUCGGUGGAUAUGAACGACGACAAGAACGUCACGAUUCGGAGUCGGCGUAGCGCAAAGUCUACUGAAAAGAAGAGUAAACACACGGAGCCAACGGCGGAAUCGUCUACUGAGCGUGGCUUUGACAACGAUACGGCCAGUCCGUUUUCCACGAACGAAGGUCCUGUGACGCCACUUUCAAAUGCAAGUGAUCGCGAGUUGCAGCCUAUUCCGUCUUUCUCGGACAAGAGCUCGCUCUCGCCGAAUGUUAGCAAGGAGUUGUUCAAAAACGAUGAAGACGGUAGCGAUGCCACUGACAAAAAUCGUGAGAAGAAGCAGACGAAAGUGAAGAAAACCAAGAAGAUAGCAGUCACCAAACGAUCAGCUGGUGAGACGAAAAAGACACCUCGACUGCGGCCGACAGGAAAAUAUGGCUACCGAACAACUCCACCCGCGACGGAUACAUCGACUCAGUCCAUGCAGACGGACGACGAUAAUGACGAAUCUUUCGAGGCGCAGAACGAUUCGGGUGGUGAGACAGGAGACGAUAGUUUCUACAACGAGCCCGAUGCGCCCGGUGGUCCAGUCCGGGAUAGAUUGCCGGAUGCCGUUAAGAUUUUGAACGAUCACGAGAAAGAUGCUGCUUGGGAUGGUAGUGGCUUACGUCGAUCAAAGCGACGCCGCUUCAAGCCGCUCGCCUGGUUCAAGAGUGAGCACAUGGUGUACGAGCGCACUUUUGUAGGCGUGGGUACGGUGAUGCCUACGGUGGUAGGCGUCGAGCGCCUCGGUCUUGACUCUCCGACGACUAAACGAACGAAGGCCAAACCACCAUCAAAGAGGACGAAUAAUAGCAAAGCGUUGGCGUUGAAGGAGCUCCCGAAGGACGUGCAAAAGAAGAUUGUGGACAGUGAGUGGGCGACGCUCUACGACGGCCAGGCCGGCUGCAUGAAUGAUUUGAACGUCAUUUGCCGUUCUAAUGAGAUUCGUUUGCGCAAACUUCCGACGGAAGAGAGGGGCGGUGCUGUUGUGCACGCGUUUGCAGGACAGAGUUUCAAUCUUUUCAGUCCGUCCCCAUUUGCUCGGUGGAUAUCUGGACGCGUGGUUUUGCCUCCAGGUGCAUGGAAGGAACCCGAAGGUGUCGGUCAAGCAGUGCAGUUAUUCUAUGUUACAGGGUGCCAGCCUAAAUCACUGGAACUAGCAUUGUCACCCGAGACGGAUGACGACUUCUUCACGAGCAAGCACACAGCACACUUUUUGCUCAGCCCCGGCGACGAGUUUUACGUGCCAGCUGGCAAUGUGUAUUUCGUGAAGAACCACUCGAGCUCGGCCGAUUGUGACUUGCGAUUUACAAUCUUGAAGCCUGAAUCUCAACAGCCGCCGGUGGACGAUAACGACUCGGAUGCCGAAAAAGUGAACGAGUCGGCGGCUGGGUCCAAGCCGGAAGCUUCUGGAGCCGAUGGUAGCUUGCUAAAGCGUAAGCGGGAAGAGGACGCCGAGGCUGACGCUGACUCGGACUCGGUCUAG